AUGAGAUUUUAUUUGUUUCUUACUCUUCUAUUUUUUUGCUUUUGUGUGGUAACUCCCAUUGAGUCUCAAAAUCGUGGUUUCAGUGUGGAACUAAUCCAUCCUGAUUCAUCAAGAUCACCAUUCUACAACAUCAGAGAAACUCAAUUACAACGAAUUUCUAAUGUUGUGACUCAUUCCAUCAAGCGUGCUCAUUAUCUCAAUCAUGUGUUUUCUCUUUCACAUAAUGACUUGCCAAAACCCACUAUAAUACCCUAUGCAGGUUCCUAUUAUGUCAUGAGUUAUUCAAUUGGUACCCCUCCAUUUCAGCUUUAUGGUGUUGUGGAUACAGGCAGUGACGGAAUAUGGUUUCAAUGUAAGCCUUGUAAACCAUGUUUAAACCAAACAUCUCCGAUAUUUAACCCUUCAAAAUCAUCAACCUACAAAAACAUCCGUUGCUCUUCUCCGAUAUGUAAACGUGGAGAAAAAACACGUUGUUCAUCUAAUCGUAAAAGGAAAUGUGAAUAUGAAAUUACAUAUUUGGAUAGGUCAGGGUCACAGGGAGAUAUUAGUAAGGAUACUCUUACUCUAAACUCAAAUGAUGGCUCUCCUAUCUCAUUUCCAAAAAUCGUGAUCGGAUGUGGACACAAGAAUAGUUUGACAACCGAGGGGUUAGCCUCUGGCAUAAUUGGCUUUGGACGCGGAAAUUUUUCAAUUGUAUCUCAGUUGGGUUCUUCAAUUGGUGGGAAAUUUUCUUAUUGUUUAGCGUCAUUGUUUUCAAAGGCUAAUAUUUCAAGCAAACUAUAUUUUGGAGAUAUGGCAGUGGUUUCUGGUCACGGGGUUGUAUCAACUCCUUUAAUACAAUCUUUUUAUGUUGGGAAUUACUUCACAAAUUUGGAAGCAUUUAGUGUUGGAGACCACAUUAUAAAAUUGAAGGAUUCAUCAUUAAUACCGGAUAAUGAGGGCAAUGCCGUAAUUGAUUCAGGAUCAACGAUAACCCAGUUGCCAAAUGAUGUUUAUUCUCAGUUAGAAACUGCAGUAAUAUCUAUGGUUAAGUUAAAGCGUGUUAAAGACCCUACUCAACAAUUGAGUCUUUGUUACAAAACAACAUUGAAAAAAUACGAGGUGCCGAUAAUCACAGCACAUUUUCGUGGUGCUGAUGUCAAGUUGAAUGCUUUUAACACCUUUAUUCAAAUGAAUCAUGAGGUUAUGUGUUUUGCUUUUAAUUCAAGUGCAUUUCCUUGGGUCGUAUAUGGGAACAUAGCUCAACAAAACUUUUUAGUUGGUUAUGACACCCUAAAGAACAUUAUCUCUUUUAAACCCACAAAUUGUACCAAGUUGUAA